AUGCUGCGUCUCCUGGAGGUGGUGGUGGUGGUGGUGGUGGCUGUCAUGGGGAAGGCGGAGACCUCACCACAAUUCCCCUAUCCAGCAGGUCGCCGUGUUCUGUGCAAUGCGGCGUGUCCUCGCAUCUAUCUCCCAGUAUGCGGCACGGACGGGAAAACCUACCCCAGCGGCUGUGUACUCGACUACUAUGCCUGCAGGUUCAAUAAUGUCAGCUACGACUAUGCGGGAAAUACGAGACACAGGAGUGACCACACGCCCUGCCCGUUCGCCUGUCCUUAUCUGUACGCGCCCGUGUGUGGCAGUGACGGCGUAACCUACCCCAACACUUGCACCCUGAACGCCGCAGCCUGCAACAACCCCGCCAUCACCCUGGAACAUGGCGGGAAGUGUGUGCCCAUCACACACGAGCAGAAGCCGUGCCCGACCACCUGCCCCUUCGACUACUCGCCCGUGUGUGGGAGCGACGGGAACACCUACGCCAACCAGUGCACCUUUGAGUCGAACGCCUGCACCAACCCCUCGCUGCGUAUGGUGGCGAAAAGACCGUGUGGUUCCCCCGCUGCCCAACCCCCGUGCCCACGAUUCUGCCCCGGGAGAUACGACCCUGUGUGUGGCAGUGAUGGCAACACGUAUGGCAAUCAGUGCGCCCUUCAGAUUGUUUCCUGCCGCGACCCCUCCCUCAGGAUAUCUAGCAGGGGAGAGUGUGGAGCACCCUUCAAUAAGUGCCCUGACGUGUGCCCCGACCAGGAGGACCCCGUGUGUGGCAGCGACAGCGUCACCUACAGGAAUGAGUGUGUGUUCCAGGCCACCACUUGUAGGGGCGCCACGGCCACGAGCACUCCUGGGGCAUGUGUAACCGAGCCCCAGCCUUCCUGCCCUGUGCUGUGUCCCGCUCACUUCCUCCCUGUGUGUGGCACUGACGGGAAGACUUACGCCAACCAGUGCCUGUUGGAGUCUGAGGCGUGUGACAACCCCUCCCUCGCCACUGACUACGUUGGCGAAUGCGAAGAAGACAACAACAACAACCCAAGCAAAACACCCAACCAAACACCAACACGUUUUCUACCACCACGCACCACGACCACCACCACCACCACGCAGCCGCCCCAGUCCUUCACACUCCUCCCACCCCGUCUGUUCUGCCCCAACACGUGCGGGAGGGUGUUCCGGCCCGUGUGUGGCAGUGACGGGAAGACUUACUACAACAGGUGCCUUCUUAUGGUCGCUGCGUGCAUGACGAGGACCCGUCUUAAUGUCGUUUACUUCGGAGUUUGUGCCCUUCACUGGCCAAUAGGGGGAAGGUGAGAGGCGGCCCAGAAGCCAGUCAACGCGUAGCUGGCUGAUUCUACCGGCACCACAACCACACGUCUAUAUUUUACCCUUGUGUCUUCCUAUUAGGGCUGGGCAGGAUUCUAUAAAACGGGUAAUCGCGAAUCCGAUUACUUGCCCUAUUGGAUUCGUGGGAUGCGAAUCCUCCACGAAUCCUAUGUACUCUUAACAGCCCAGGACGCCCGAAAUUCUUUCUCAGCCAGUGAUAUUGUCUGCCAGGCGCGAGAUUCGUUGGUGUUUGCAAGGGAAUCCAAGCACGGAGAGAAUCCAGGAUUCCCCUCCACCUGUCACAAACAUCACGACUCUCGCCCUUUGGCUAAUUUGCCGAGAUGCAGACCGUGUCUUGCUUACCAAGGAUAUAUAUAUAUAUAUAUAUAUAUAUAUAUAUAUAUAUAUAUAUA